GCCGGCAGGCGGGAGGCGCGUGGGGCAGCCUGGGCCCGGCCACACCCUCACCAGGAGGCACCAUGUGGAGAUGUCCACCAGGGCUGCUGCUGUUGCUGCUGCUGGCUGGCCAGGUGGCCCCGGGUACCCGGCAGGGUCGUGGGCGCCGGGAGCUAGCACCGGGUCUGCACCUGCGGGGCAUCCGGGACGCGGGCGGCCGGUACUGCCAGGAGCAGGACCUGUGCUGCCGUGGCCGUGCUGACGACUGCGCCCUGCCCUACCUGGGCGCCACCUGUUACUGUGACCUCUUCUGCAACCGCACCGUCUCCGACUGCUGCCCUGACUUCUGGGACUUCUGCCUUGGCGUGCCACCCCCUUUUCCCCCCAUCCAAGGAUGUAUGCACGGAGGUCGAGUCUAUCCAGUCCUGGGAACCUACUGGAACAACUGUAACCGUUGCACCUGCCACGAGAAAGGGCAGUGGGAAUGUGACCAGGAGCCAUGCCUGGUGGACCCAGACAUGAUCAACGCCAUCAACCGGGGCAACUACGGGUGGCGGGCUGGAAACCACAGUGCCUUCUGGGGCAUGACCCUGGAUGAGGGCAUUCGCUACCGCCUGGGCACCAACCGCCCAUCUUCCUCUGUCAUGAACAUGAAUGAGAUCUAUACAGUGCUGGGCCCAGGGGAGGUGCUUCCCACGGCCUUCGAGGCCUCUCAGAAGUGGCCCAACCUGAUCCACGAGCCUCUUGACCAGGGCAACUGUGCAGGCUCCUGGGCCUUCUCCACGGCAGCUGUGGCAUCCGAUCGGGUGUCAAUCCAUUCGCUGGGACACAUGACACCUGUCCUGUCGCCCCAGAACCUGCUGUCUUGUGACACCCAUCACCAGCAGGGCUGCCGCGGCGGGCGUCUCGAUGGUGCCUGGUGGUUCCUACGUCGUCGAGGGGUGGUGUCUGAUCACUGCUACCCGUUCUCGGGCCGUGAGCGAGAUGAGGCUGGCCCCGCGCCCCGAUGUAUGAUGCACAGCCGGGCCAUGGGUCGGGGCAAGCGCCAGGCCACUGCCCGCUGCCCCAAUAGCCAUGUCCAUUCCAAUGACAUCUACCAGGUCACUCCUGCCUACCGACUCGGCUCCAAUGAGAAGGAGAUCAUGAAGGAGCUGAUGGAGAAUGGCCCUGUCCAAGCCCUCAUGGAGGUACACGAGGACUUCUUCCUGUACCAGGGCGGCAUCUACAGCCACACACCAGUGAGCCGUGAGAGGCCAGAGCGAUACCGCCGGCAUGGGACCCACUCGGUCAAGAUCACAGGGUGGGGUGAGGAGACGCUGCCCGAUGGAAGGACGCUCAAAUACUGGACGGCGGCCAACUCGUGGGGCCCAGCCUGGGGCGAGAAGGGCCACUUCCGCAUCGUGCGCGGCGCCAACGAGUGCGACAUCGAGAGCUUUGUGCUGGGCGUCUGGGGCCGUGUGGGCAUGGAGGACAUGGGUCAUCACUGAGGCCGAGGGCGGCUGGCGGAAGAGCCCCCUGUGUGGCUGUGCCCCCAGCCCCGCCUGACGGAGCCCGGGGCACAGGCGGGCGCCAGGGCUCUAAUCCCAGCGUGGGUUCCGCUGACACAGCGCCCAGCCUGGGAGCUGCGGGCAGGCGAGGCUGGUGGAGCCCCUAGACCUCCCAGCGGGGACGGGGAAGGGCCUGGCCUGGGAGGAGCAGAGCCUGCAGAUCCCAGGACCCUGGCACCCCCCACCCAAGAUCACGGAAGCCAGGACACCCCCAGGUCUCCAUCCCCACACUCCUGUAUUCUUAUUCUUCAAAGAUAUUUAUUUUUAUUUUCACUGUUUUAAAAUAAAACCAAAGUAU